AUGUCAUCGGAUUAUUACCUCAAUGUUCCAAGAUCUCAUCAACGUCGAAGCAGUGAAGGAUAUUUGAAUCUCAAUGAUAUGUUGUCCAAUUGUGAACAACAGGCCCCACCUGCCAGAGAACGUCUUCCGUGUUUGAGAAAACGACGUGGCACAAAUCCAUCAUUGUUCGAUGGACAUUUGGUUGAAGCAUUGAGGAAGAAUUAUGAGAUGGGUAAGAUUUUUUUCAUUGGGAAAACAAGCCAAAUUCGAAUUCCUAAGCCUAGAAGUCUUUUUUUCAAUAAAAGUUUUGGAGAUGAUUUUUUGGAACAGGAAAUAAUAUGUUUAUAAAAACAUUUUGGCCUGGUUUGUGUGUAGGCUACAAACUGUUUUUUUUGGAAAUAAAUGUAGUUCAAAUAUGGCCAAAAUGUAGUUUAAAUCGGAUAAAAAUGUACUUUGGAAUGUUUUUUUGGUCUUCCGAUUUGAAUUAGGGGAGGUGAUAUUUUUGAGCAAAAUUUCAAAAACUUUAAAUUUCCGGUUUUCAAAAUUUGAGCUUGAUAUUUUGAUCAGUUGAAAAAUAAAUUUGGAACUCUAGUUUUCUCACUGAAAAUUCCUGGAAUUUUUUAUUCUUCAAACUCUGAAUUUCCGGUUGUUGAAAUGUUAAAUAUAAAACCUGAUCAGCUAUGAUAUUUCUGUUCUGUAAUUUCAGUCUCGAAUUUUCCUUAUCCUUUUUUUAAAUUCACUGUUUCCGAAACUGUCAGUAAAAACACAAAUACUUGAAAAUUUCAAUAUUUUGUUUGUUUUUGCAUGAAAUUUUGUUUGAACUUCGGCCUUUUUGAAAAUCCUGUUAAAAUUUUUAGUUGAAAAUAAUAAUCAAUUUUUUUGAAUGAAACAGUUUUGAACCCGAAUCGAUAUUUCUAGAAAUCUAGACUACUGAAAUUUUAGAAGCCCAUCCCAAAAUUAUCUUUGGCUCAAACAUUUUCCCACUGUAAAAUAUCUAUCAAACUAUGGUCCAAAAAAAUUUGUAUUUUUUCCCAUGGAACAACAUAAUACUUAUCAAACUUUUUGAUCUACUUGCGAAACUCAACUCUACGAAGAAAAUUACUUAUUUAUUUUCCCAUUUUUCUUGUAUCGGAGGUAUAAAACCUGAUAUUUUUCAGAAAAAAUUCAAUUUUCUAAUUCCAAUUAUACACUUUUUUAACCAAUCAAGUUUUCUUUUCAUUUUUCAUUUUUUUUUCGAAAAAAACGAACAACAAAAAAAUGAUCCGAUUUUCUUUUUUUUUCAAAAUUUUUUCGCUAUCGAAGGUCAAAUCACACGCUGACCAGACCCAAAAAUUUUUACUACGUAUUUUUUUUGAAUUUGAAAAAAACUUCAAAAAAGGUAAAAAAAAAAAGAAACUUGUCUCAAGUGGCCCAAAAAUUAGGCCUCUUAUGGUUUUUUUUUGGGCAAAAAGUGAAAAAUGUAUGAUUUUCCUCCCAAAAAUGACAAAAAACCAGAUCAGAUCAGGCUUAUUUAUUUUUAUCAACAUAUCAGACUUUUUCACUUUUUUUUCGAAGAUUGCGCAAUUUUUUGCCUCACAGACUUUUUUUUAUUAUCUAGAGAGAUCUGCACUUUUCGAAUUGAAUUUAGUCCAACCUCAUAAAAAAAAGUUGAUCUUUAAUUUUUGAAAUUUAAAAGUUUCAGAUCAUUUUGCCGAUAACAAUUUUCCUUGAAUUUUUUUUAUUAAAAAACGUUUCACUUUCAUUCUGUUCGGAUUUCCGGAGGCAGUUUAGCUCACAAAAAUUGGCGUUUUUUUCAUUUCUUACAGUAACCUCAUGUUUUCUGGCCAUUUAUUUUUUAUCGAUAUGAAAAAAUAAGAUCAGAUAACCAGUUCCCUUAUGCACUAUUAUAUUAUAGUAAAUAAAUAGUAAAUUAUAUUUUUUUUUUGUUAUUGAUUUUGGGUAAUUUUAGGAUUAUGUUAGUUUUGUGGUAAACAAUACCUUUGUGUUAUUUGAGAAAUUUUGGGGAAAAAUAUUUCAGAAAUUUUGCAUGAUCUAGCAUUUUUACGAUUUUUCCUUUAUGAAAUCUUAUUUCGAAAUUUUGAAAAUAAUAUUAGGGAAAACUUAGCCUCAUUUCUGAAUAUGAUUUCAAAAAAAUAUUAAAAAGUUUUAACUUCAAAUUAAAAUUUUCUAUUAACGAACAAUUCAUAAAAACUGUUUUUGUUCGAAAGAUUGAAUUCCAAUUGUUGACUAGAUUUUAGUUCGAUUAGAGCCUCAACCUAGAAUCGUGAAUCUAGAACCCUCGAUAAAAAUUUUCUUUCCUUUUUCAAAAAAUUCCUAAUUUUUGUAAUAUUCUACAAAACUUUUGAAAUGAAUCCCAUUUUCCAUUAACAUUCCGAAACUAAUCCAUAGCUAUAAUCUCAAAUUUUUUCAGUCACUGCUCUUGCUGAUAUCGAAGAUCGGAGCGAAAACGUCGAAAAAAAGAAACGGAAAAGUAUUUCAUCGUAAGUUUUCUUUUUUUUUCUCGAAAAAAAUAUAAUUAAUAGGUAGACCGGGUAACUAUGGUAAUGUAUUUUUUUCGAAAAAAAUCUUAUGACUAAAAAAUUUUCAUUUCUAUGUUUUUGAAAAAAUUUAAACUGUUUACAUUUGAAAUUUAGCGCAUUUUUUAUCAAUAGUUUUUUGGUUAUUAAAUUUAAUUUAAACAAUUUUAAAAUUUUCAUUGUUGAGUCAUCGGUUUUGCUUUUUGAAGAAAAAAACGAAAGUUUUCUAGCGAUAAAAUCUAGAAGGCCUUUUGUUCUGACCCUUCUUUGACCUUGAAAAAUGACGAGUUUUUCGUGGAUUAAAAAUUCCACUAAUUCACUAUCUUUUAUUUUUUAAUUACUAAUUACUUGCUAGCUUCUGAUAAAUUUUCUAGAAAAACAGAAAAAAAACUUAUCAAAAAUUGGAAAAAGUAUUACACUUUUCUGUUCCAAACAGUUUUAUUUUAUUAUUUUUUCAAGAAAAUAAUAUGAUUUUUCUUAUAGAUAGAUUUUCUGUUGACGUCAAUGAAAAUACAAAAAAAACUAUUGAGGACAAAUUUAAUUCGUUUUUUUCUUCAAUUCUUUGAGCUUUUUUAAUUGGAUUUUUUGUUGCAUGUUUCAGUUUGCUAUUGAAAAGUCUUGUGAUGUUUUUUUCUGGAAAUUUGGAAAAGUUAAGACAUUUUUUGAUAGAUUUUUAUUAUUUUCAAAUUUUUUUAGUAUUACUGUAAAAAAUUUUCAUUCCAUUUUUUCAUUUUUCAAAAAAAGUUCCUCAUCAGACUAUCAAAAGAUAAAAAGUGCUAACAAUAAAAAUGUGCCAAACACGUCAAAAAACAACGUGACCGCCCAAAAAAUCUUAUCUUCUGAUUUUUUUCGAAAAAUAACAUUUUCAAAAAAUAUUUACUAGACCUAAUGAAAAUAUUUGGCAAAAGGUAUAGUAUAUGCCCUUUUUAUCUUAUUUUUGAAAAUACUUUCAAAACUGUAAACACUUACUUAUUACUUUUUUCGAAAAAAAAACCCUUAUCGGAUUACAAUAUUUUUGAAAUUUUAAUUUUGAUUAAUUUAAAAGUUAAUUUUUUUCAGAAUGGUCCGUGGUGGGCCGACAAGUCCACGAGGAUUGACAAAAUGGAGAAACGAAGAGAGCACUUCGAUUUCGUCAGCAGAUUCAGCUCUAGGUAAAUUUUAAAUUUUAAUACGAAAUUAUGGAAUUCGAUUUCUAGCCUGGUUUUCAGAUGAUUACACUUCAAAUGAUCGACACGCUCGUUUCGAAUGGUUGAGAACAGAAGUCAAAUGUUUUGUCGAUGAUAUAAUUGACGCAUUCGAAUCCGGAGGAGCACCAGAUGAAACACAAGUUGAGCAGGAAAAUCAAAAAUUGUCAGCAGUUCAACUUCGAAAAGAUCUCAAAAGGUUCUACACAUCGGUGACGCCUUAUAUGGAAGUUUUGGCUGCACUUUAUGAUCUAAUCAUGUGGCGGAAUCCUUUGUCUACUCUUCUUUUGAUCAUUGUUAUUGUCUAUUCAUUAUUCCGUGGUUGGACAGUCGCACUUUUACUAACUCUCUUAUUAUUGCAACUAUCAAUUAACUAUUUGGCUACGGUCAAAAAUAUUAACAUUGGUUGGAUGUUCAUGCCACGAAAACCUGUAACAUUGCCGAAAUUUGAUAUCAGUGGAGCGCAACUUAUUUUCGAUAUUGCAAAGCUUGCCCAAAAACUCCUACGAUUCUCAACAAAUAUUCUUGAAAAAACCGAGAGUUUAUUGAUGUGGAAAAAUCCAAAAGUUUCAAAAGUCUUCUAUUGUUUGGUGAUUUAUUGGUUGUGUUGGUCGGUUUUGUUCACCACUGGAACUUGUAUCGGUUGGACUGUUUUGACAAUUGGUAUCAGACUGUUUUUCACCACUUAUUUGUUUGCCAAAUUUCCAAGACUUCGGAAAAGAUUUGAUACCUAUGGUUAUUUUUAUCGUAAUCUUCCGUUGCGAUCUGCCAAUAUUCCACAUAUUCCAAGAAGUCAACCAUCAACUUCAAGAUCGGAAACAGCAAGAACAAUUGAAAGUGAUGAUAGAUGUGUAAGUUUUGAGGGUAUGGGUGGGUUAACAUGAGUAAUGUCUAAUUUUUCUGAUAAGCUGAUAGCUUAAUAUGAGCAAUGCCUCCCAAUUAAACAACUUUUGUAGAACACGCCAAUGAGCAGUAGCACAAGCAGGUUGAGCAGUUUCCUUGGUGAAAAAUUCUCCUCACGCCUUGGCAGCAACUUCAAUCUCGAUCAAAGUGCCGCUGUCAAUCUACUCUUGGGUCACAAUCACAGUAACCGAAAAUCCACUCCACCGCCCGUCGAAAACCACUUCCCAGAAGUUGAGGCAAAUUGCGACGAUGGCAUCGAUUCUCCACACGAUUUAGCCCAACUCCACUCAACAUCACAAACUUCGACGCACAGUGAAAUUCUUCCGACGGAGAUGCGAAAUGUAUCGACGAUCACACCGCCGACAAGUGCAUCAAUUGAAGAAGAGGAAGAAGAUGAGGGCACAGAAUGUGUGGAUGAUAAUAAUACCGAAUAUUUGCCAUUGUAUGCGGAUCCGAUUAUCGAUAAUGUCAUAGCUUGUGAGUUCAGGGAUAUUCGGAAUUCCGGGAAAAAAAUGUUAAAUUCAUUUUUUUUUCAGUCAGAAGCUGUGUUAUGAAUGAGCGAGAAAAGAUUUUCCCAAUGGGAAUCACUUCUGGAAUCCUUUAUCUAACUGAUGCGUGAGUUACAACCAACAUUUAAUCGGAGCUGCAAUAUCCCAUCUUACAGAGCCCUUGUAUUCCGAUCUCGCCAAACCGCUGAUCAUAAAGAGCAAUUGAUGAUGCUCUUCCAUGAUAUCUCAAAUGUCAGAAAGGUUCAAUCACUUCGAUCAAUGUCGCUUAUCACAGGAACCCGUAAAAGUUUAGAAAUCCACGUGGAUGGCCGCAAAAAACCGGUAUCAUUUAUUGGAAUCGCGAAACGCGAUGAUUUUGUCACACGCGUUCAGCUGAUGUGUCGAAAUGCGGGAGCGACAGUGACUUUUUCGGAACCCUAA